AUGUUCUCCAAUAUUGUGACUGCGGCCAAAGGACUAUUUGCGCGACACGAGUCUCAAACCCCACUCGCAGACUCUGCUGGUGCCACCACCGCAACUACAUCCGACAUGGUGACCGCUACCAGAAGAGGGACGGUCACGUCUAAUCCGACCGAAGGGCCGACCACCAACGGUGCUGCUAAGCAGGGCAAGCGCAAGGCUCAGCCGGUGACCACGGAGAAGACGAAUGACAAGCAGAGCAAGCGGAGGAAGAGGAAUAGCUUGGAAGCAGAGAUUACAACGAUGGAGGAGUCCUCAGCGGAUGAGGAGUCGGCACCCAAGAAGCACUUCCGCUUUGGCAGCGAAGACCCAGAGCCCUCUGUUCCAGAGACACGCCCCGAGUCAGUCCCAGUGAAGCCUGAGCAGGAUGAAGACGAGGAUAGCGAUAGCGAUGACGAUGCGCCUGAGACCAUCGACAAUUCUGCGCAGCUCUUGAAGAUCAAGGAACAGGCCAGGAAGCAGGAAAAGGCAAAGCAACAAGAGGAGCAACUGAAGAGGGAAAAGCGGCGAAAGCUCGACGAAACCCGCAAGUUGCAAGCCAAGUCCAAGCCCAAGGAAAUUACAGCUCCCAGCGAGGACCUUCUCUCCGAAAGCACUGCCACCGUGCAAGGCGACAAUACCGAAGAUGCACGACGACGUGCUCUGCCCGCUUUGCUCCCCGACGAUAUCCUGAACGCCGAGCCAGUUGCUCGUCCUCCGACGCCGCCUGCCGAAGAUAACUCUGGGUUUGCCAUUCCGAAAAAGUCGAACAAGUUGAGAUUCCUAGAGAAGAGUGAGAAGGCUCCCAGGGAUGUUCAAGUAGGCGAUGUCACUAUUCGAGUGCUUGAUGCCCCGUCUACGAAACAAAGUUCGAAGCCUGCGUUGCCCCCCAAAGCUUCCAAGGGCGGGCGGGGUCUGAAGGAGGGAUGGCUCAAGCAACAAAAGAGCACAGCACACGUCAACGGUCUACGGAGGACAGCUGGCGGCUCUUCUGGGUUUAAACGUCGAUGA